CAACAAACACGUGUUACUACGCCUGGUUGUUUUUGUUCUCGAGCUAAGUGGUUUGUUGUUCAUGCUAAAGCUGUGUUUACUUUUACACACGUUUCGUAUACAGCUAGAAAGAUAUUAUUUCUAUGCCGUGGCGAAUUCUUAGAGCUCUACGCUGAAGAUGGCUACAAUUGUUAACCAGGUACUGAAAGGAUGAAACCAUUGAAUACUUUCUUAAGUCAUACCCCGGCCGUAGUCAUUCCCCUUUCAUGGAUUCCGAUCAACUCCUUGAAACCAAAUCGUACGCAUGACAAACGAAAAUUUUCCAAAAGUGAAAACGCUACCAUGAAAAUUUGCAGUGGCUUAAGCCAGCCUAAGAAACUUCUUUGAAUAAAACCUCAAUCGGGAAACUUCUAACCGCUCAGUGCAUUUUAGAUGAUGUCAAUUUACUUGGCUUUACUGUUAGAUUGAGGAAGUCGAGAAGGAUAUAAGAGGCUGUGAGGAUGAACUGGACAUGAUUGAUCGAAGACUUCGGCUAAAGAAAUUGUCAGAUAGUGAAAGGUACUUAAUACUUGAAUGCAAUGGUAGAUAGAGAUAGAGAUAGAGAUAUUAUAUCUAUUUUUAAUACUGUUUAUUUUAUAGCAUUCACUUUUUAAGGGAGACAAACCAAGUUUUUUUUUCUAUGCUAUGCAGAGCUGGUCUUCUGAGAGCAGGCAAAAUAAUUUCAGUGAAAAAGAUUUCUUACUUUAUUUGGGCAUUUCGCUGAAUUUAUUUAGUAUUUCAUCCCACUCAUGGUGUUGAGAUUUUCACUGGUACUGUUCAUAUAUUAGAGAAUGACUCGGAUUUCUUACUGAGAUGAACAGUAGAACACCUUUCAAGAUUUACAGUGAGUAGGCUGGCCCAACAUUUCAUAUGAACAUGAUAGUAUUAGGAUUUUUGUCAUCAAUGAAAGAUUUGUAGAUUAAUUGUGUUCUCCAAAGCUAAGCUAGCCUGGUUGACUGAAAUCAUAAGAUCAAGCCAUUUUCAUUCAAUCUUAUGUCAGAAAAAAAUUGAUUAAUUUUUAUUUUAUUAUUUUUAUUAUUCCAAAAAAAUUAAAAUUCCAAAAAUGUAAAGUGAGGUGGCUAUUACCAAAAUUAAUAUUCAUCCCAUUUAAGUAAGACAACAAUAACUAAAUUUUAAUUUUUAAUGUAUACAACAAUUUAGAGAUGGGUUAAUUGACAGACAAGAGCAGAUACAGGAGAAACUUAAAGAACAUGGUAAGAACAGUUGAAACAAAAAUUAUGAUGCUAAUGUCAUCAGUAUAUCACUAUUUGCUUAAAAUAUGUUUAUAAAAGACUUUCCAAACUCUUUCAACCUCUUAUAGUUGAUGCACCCAACUUAUUUCUCCCUUGAGGGAAAGAGGGUUAAAAACUCUUGAUAUAAAGAGGGAUGGCCAACUCAGCUUUCUUCAAAUCCGCUCCUCAACCCUUUAACUCCCAGAGGUGAUCAACAUGUAACUUCUCCCUAUAAUAUCCAUACCUUAUCCAGCAAAAAAAAAAUGUGAAUACUCAAACUUAUCUGGUAGAAGUUGUUAUCUUGAUCUAGCACCAAAUUCAGGCAACCAAUUUAUAAGAAAAUUAUGAAACUGCAUGGCAGCUGGAGGGGGAAAUUAGCAAUCAGAUAUUGGGAGUUAAAUUCUUAAUACCUACUGGUACACCUUGACCAAAUAUUAGUCAGUAUAAUUAUUAAAUUGUACUCUACUCCAAAUGCUUGUUCUUGCAUUUUAUUCAUAGAGAAAUCUUUGGGAAAUCUACGCAAAGAAAACAGAAAAUCCAUGGCUGUGUCUGUAGCCAUUCUAGGACUUUUGUUUAUGGGAUAUCUGCUAUUUUUUAGCUGAUUGUGUUCUUAGGAAUGUAAUUUUGUCAUUAAUAGUUUUAUUGUACAGAGAUCUGUGAAUAAAAACAAUUGAAAAACAUCCUUUGGAGAGGCAAAGGCCACAUUUAAUUCAAAAUUAAAACACUUUGAAGUUAAUGUCCCCAGUGGUAGACAUAAAGAAAAAUUGCAAUUAAAUAUUAAAUAUCAUGCCCAGGUACAAAAUUUUUUCAGCAACAUUUCCACAGAAACAAUUUAGUUAACAGAGAUCAUCGCUUUGGGCCUGAUAUUCAGUGAUUUUUCAUAUCCAACCUCUACACCCUAGCAUCAGGAUUUCAUUUUCUCCAAUCUGUUCUCCAUGCUUUUCCUCAUGCACUGACAAGGAGAAUUGGUUUCACAAUUCAAUUUUCUUAGGUUGGUGAUCAUUUUCUCUAUUCUCCUGAUCUUAAUGAAUGACUCAGGAGUAUUACUUUAGGGAGAAAUUUGAUGCUGAUCACUCUUAAGGUUAAGGGGCUAAACACCUGGUCUCUCAGGGUAGUGUUG